AGUCAGACAGAAAACGAAAACACUAAAAUAAUCUGUGUUCUGUGAUGUCGGUGAACAAAACGUCGUUUCAGAAAGUUUUAUUAAUGGAAUUAUUUCGUAUGUUAAUGUGGAUAUCGAGGUCGAAACGGUGCUGAAGUUUUUUGUUUAUUUUGACAGUUUUCUCGAAUACCUACUGCUAUUCGUGUUACCAUAUCCACAUCUUAAGUGCACUAAAUUUUUCGUUGCCCCUCCUCCCCAUCCAAUUAUUUUAGUCUACCGCUGGGUUAUGUUAUAAAACUAUAUACAGGCUUGCUGUAGUUGUGUACAUUUUGUGUAUUAUGUGCGGUGGUAGAUAGCAUAGGAAUAUCUUCAACCAUUGCAUCAAUAUCAGCGAUAGAUAAUGGGUUGAUUUGGGACUGAACUUUGUGCGAAACAUCCACCACAGGAACUCUGACAACGAGAAAAUCGCGGUUACCAUGAAAACCGAGAGUCCAGCAAAUCUGGCUACGGCCAAGCUGAUCAUGGCCGAGCAACAGGCGACCAAGGAUAACGGCAUCCAGGUAGUGGAAGAGCCGAGGAAACUGGAGGAGCUUACCAAGAAAAGCAAAAAGAUGGAACAGGAACUUCUAAAGAAAACCAAGAAGGAGGAGGAAGCUGCGAAGAAAGCGAGAAAGGAGGAAGAAAUCAGGAGGAAAAAGGAGGAGGAACGUUCAAAGAAGGCUAAAAAAGAAGAAGAGAAAAGAAGGAAAGAAGAAGAUAAAAAAAACAAGAAGAAACGAGACAAACGCGUAAAGAGGGAGGAUGAUAAUAAAAUGAGAGAGUCCGAAGGACAUCAAGAGACCACAGUGAAUAUUGUGGAAGAAGUGAUUACUAAAACUAAAAAAGGCGAUGAAAUCAAAAUUAAAAGUGAUGGGCACAAGGUAGUUACGAAUGUAGUACAACCUCUAAAUAAGAUAGGAAGUAAAUCACAUGAAAUAGUGACUGUUAGUAAAAAGGAUGAUGUUAGGUCUGAAGGGACGAUUAAACAUACUGACCAAAAUAAAGAAUUCAUCAUGGCAGAGCAAAAGCGAAGUAACAUUCAACAAGAAGAGAAAUCGACGGAUGAUGUCAAGAAGAAUACUGAAAACGAAAAACAGAUUCCGAUUCCGAACGAGAAGUCUAUUUCGAAAAGUUCAGGAACCCGAAUCAUAAACAAGGGGAAGACGUAUUGUCAGGCGUGCAAGAAGAAAUGUUCUGGGGAGGUGCUGAGGGUGCAAGACAAGUAUUUCCACAUUGCUUGCUUCAAAUGUACAGUAUGCAAAAACUCGCUGGCCCAGGGAGGAUUCUUCUUCAAGGACGGAGUGUACUAUUGCACCUCAGACUACCAGAAGCAGUUCGGCACCAAGUGUGCCAACUGUGGCCAGUACGUGGAGGGCGAAGUGGUCUCGGCCCUGGGCAAGACCUACCAUCAGAAAUGCUUCACGUGUGCUCGCUGCAGACAAGUGUUCCCGGGUGGUGAGAGAGUGACUUACACGGGCAAGGAGGUGCUGUGUACCAAGUGUAUUCACAUCCCUGUCAAAGAGACACAGUCCCUGCAGUCCAGCCCUACCAGCGCUACUGGAACUGAGUGUGCAGGCUGUAAGGAAGAGCUGAAGGAGGGACAGGCACUGAUAGCUCUAGACAGGCAGUGGCACAUCUGGUGCUUCAAGUGCAAGGCUUGUGGAGCAGUGUUGCAUGGAGAGUACAUGGGCAAAGAUGGUGUGCCAUAUUGUGAGAAGGAUUACCAGAAGCAGUUUGGUGUCAAGUGUGCCUACUGUAACCGCUACAUCUCAGGCAAAGUGCUCCAGGCUGGAGACAACCAUCACUUCCACCCCACGUGUGCUCGCUGCACCAAGUGUGGCGACCCGUUUGGCGAUGGAGAAGAAAUGUAUCUACAGGGUGGUGCUAUCUGGCACCCUAGGUGUGGGCCAGGGCCGACGGAGAACGGUACGGUGCUGAAUGGCUCAGUCAACGGUCAUGCCACGGAGACUGACGGCGAGGGCAAAGACUUUGACCGUAUGAGCAGCUCAGCUGUUAGUGAGAUGCAGUUCUCAAUGCGUUCCCGCACUCCGAGCUUGAACGGGUCCCUCUAUAGCCCCUACAAUAGCCUCAAUAGGAAGUAUUCAUACGGAGGGCCUCGUGCCGGCAGUCCUGGACUGAUCCUGAGGGAGUACAAGACUCACCAGUACCCGGAGGACAUCAGUCGUAUCUACACGUACAGCUACUUGACAGAGGAGCCCACUCAGGGAUAUCUGCGACGACCUAUAGAACCCUACGACCGACCUCCCACUUCUCCACACUUCCACCGACCCGCCUCGGCCCACUCAAUGCGUGCCAGCAGCAAGGCGUCUACACUGCGAAGUUCUCGCUCAGGCAUGCGUGCUCUGGUCGACUCUAUCCGCUCAGAGACCCCUCGACCUCGGUCACCUCACAUGAACAACGAGGAGCCUAUAGAGCUGGCUCACUACCCAGAUGCCCAUCCCCCCAACCCUGGUGAGAAAUCCAAGAUUGAGCGAGACGACUUCCCCGCACCCCCCUACCCUUAUACUGACCCCGAGAGGAGGAGGCGAUGGUCAGACUCAUACAAGGGAGUGCCAGUGUCAGAUGAUGAGGACACAGUGGACGGAGCUACAGUACCAGAGAUCAAGGAGAGGAAACUAAAGAAAGAAGAGGAAGAGCUAAGCAAGAUAGCCACAGGUAUAGGCAAGGUGUUUCUGCAGAAUGUGAAGGAGAGGGAGAAGCUGAGGCAGUACAAGAGAGAACACAUCGACCCUCGCAACGCCUCGAGGACCCCGAAUGCUGCUCGUGAGCCGACCUACAGACUGCGCUAUCAGUCGCCUGUCAACGCAUCUCCCUCACGUAACCUAGAUGCACCGCGGGCUUGGGAAGAAGAUGAAUAUUUUGACAGAAGCUCCAGCUAUCGCUCCUCUAUGGGAAGGUCCGUGGGUGCCAUUCCAAGCUAUAAUGUGGUCAGUGCGCUAAGACAUGUUCCUAAGCCAGGCUACGGCCUGGCUCCUCGCUCUCAUACAUUCAGCUCCACUGCCGGCACCGCCACUCCUGGCGAUUUCUCAUUUAGUGGCCUUGGGGAAAAGACACAUAGUACUGACUUCAGCAGCGGCAAAUCUGACAUUUCGGCAGGCUCCAUAUCAGAGGUGGACCGUGGACCAUUGGGGCCUGAACUGGCUACUUCAUCAACGUAUACGGGGUGUCUGGGGUACGCCCCCUCCUACAGCCCUCACUUGCGACGAUCCUUGCCUAACAUGGUCGCCCCUCACUCAUCUGAGCCACCCAAGAUAUACCCGUACCACCUCCUCAUCAUCACCAACUACAGGCUACCAGCGGACGUGGACAGAUGCAACCUUGAGCGUCACUUGUCGGAGGCUGAGUUUGAAACUCUCUUCCAGUGCACUCGGCCAGAGUUCUACCGACUGCCCCAGUGGAAGAGGAACGAACUCAAGCGUCGCGCCAGACUCUUCUAACCACUUCUUCCUCUCUGGUUCUCCGCACAAAACCUUCAAUUCUAUCUCCUCUUACUUCUUCUGAUAUAUGCUUACAGUGUCGCUGCAUUUAUGUUUCUGAGGUCGCUUUUCUCCAUUGGUGCUGUAUGCUACAUUCGUAUAGACUGAUGAUUACUUGCCUCAGGCAAACCGUUACGUUGAUGACAGUUCAUCAGAGCAAAGUAUGCAUUUGUUUCUGUUACAGUUAAUGUCCUACGGAUAGAUCGAGCUAAUUUAAUAUUCAAAUAUUUUGUAUAUUGGAAAUAUUUGUUUAUUUAAGUGAAUAUUUUUAAAGAAACCUGAUUGUAAUUAUUAGUGUUGGUGUACACUUUCUUUUAAAUAAUGCAAUAUCUGCCGAUUUGUAUUGAGCAAGGGUUUGUUUUAACAACUUCAAGUUACAUUGACUUUUUAUGUUUGGAAAGUCAGCCAAAUUAAUUUGACACAUCAUACUUUUUAUUUUUUAUUUGUAAAUACAUAUUGCAGUACGGGGUAUUUCUAUAUACAACUAUACCUUUAUGUUUAUCUAUAUUUUCUCUAUUAGUUUAUGUACAGGGUUACAUCUCAUGGCUUUAUUUAUUGUUUAAAUGUAUAUUAUUAUUAUACUAGUUUUAUUUGUUUGAUGGACUAGCUUGUGCCCUUUUAAUUUAUAAUCUACUUUACAUCUGUAUUUAGAGUAAUUCUAAUGCUGUACAUUUCACCCAGACAUAAUUGAAAUUAAUUUCACGAUGUAAAGAAUUUAAUCUUAUAAUAUUCACUUGAGUGUGUGAUGGUGUAUUUUUCCUAUCUGCCAUUUGGUGGUUAGAACUAGGUAUAGUAAUUAGGUUCACUAUUUUAUACUCUGGCCUUUUAAUUUGUCAUUUGAGUUGUGAUUUACUGAGUCACAUGGUCAUGUAAUUUUCAGUUACCAUUUAUGUAUCAAAUAAUUUAUUUCCUUUCUAAUUUUAAUAAUGUAUCUAUACAUAUAUUAAAGUCGAUCUUGGUGCACAUUAUCCAUAGCUAAUUUUGCCUAGUAGUCUACUUAGAAUGUAUUAAAAUUGAUUUGUUUGUGACUUAUCUACUUAACACAGGUAUUAUAUUAUCUACCCAUCUUUUAGGUAUUCUAAACAUUUAAUAAACACUGCACAGCUUUUACUGUGAUAUACAUCCAGCAGCCUAAUAUUCUGUGCUGCCUUUAAGCCUUGAGCUUUAUUAUUGUGUUAUAUGUUAAUUAUAAUAUUGUUAAUAAAUGACGAAAUAAUUAAACAAAACUAUAGCAAAGCUGUAUAACUCUGACCUGCAAUAUUUUAAAUUCCAAAUCAUCCUAUCUUCAUCAGAAAAAUUAUAUUAAUUUUAUUUUAAACAUAAUCAAUUUUUGUUGAUUUCCUCCCUGUUUUACUAGUUACGGUAUUAAAAAAGUAAUAUUGUAGAAACAACAUUUUCCAAUCGGUAGGUUUGUGUUUUUCUAUUUUAGGUAUAGUCUCUAUACAAACAGGUAUACAUUCCUAAAAUUGAUGAAAAACCCUUUUUAUCAGAAGAAGUUUUGAUUAAUUUUCACAGAAACAAGAAGUUUGGUAUGGGUUCUUUUGAUAGUUUUAAAGUAACAAAAACUAAAGUAGGAGUAUAUGAACUUUCUACUUAAAAAAUCAGUAUCUAGUAAGCUAGCUAAACUGUGAAGUAUUUAGUAGUGGUUAUAACACUAGGAAAUAUUCUUUAAAAAGUAAAAAAUUUGUUAAUAAUAAUACAUAAUGGAGUACUGGUUUUAACAGGGAUUCAUUAAAAUAGAUAAAAUAUUUUAUUUAUUGAAAAGUCAUAUUGUUGUGAGAGAUAGUUGCUGUGUGCUAGGACAUAUUGUAUCUAAGCUUUGUAGUGUGCAUUCAUUAAUAAAGGAUGGACUAAGUUCCUAGUCUAA